AUGUCCUUUCUUUGCGCUUUCUCCCCAUGCUUCCCUCUCUCCCCUCUCUUACUCCCCUCACCCCUCCCUGCCCUCUCUCCCCAUACCAUCGUCUCUCCCCUCUUGUACUCCCCUCUCCCAUCCCUGCCAUAUCUGCCCACCCCGUCCCCUCUCCCUCCCUGCCAUAUCUCCCCACCCCGUCCCCUCUCCCAUCCCUGCCAUAUCUCCCCACCCCCGUCCCCUCUCCCAUCCCUGCCAUAUCUCCCCACCCCGUCCCCUCUCCCCUCCCUGCCAUAUCUCCCCACCCCGUCCCCUCUCCCAUCCCUGCCAUAUCUCCUCACCCCGUCCCCUCUCCCCUCCCUGCCAUAUCUCCCCUCCCUGCCCUCUCUCGACCCCAUGCCCUCUCUCCCUCUCUUCCGUCUCUCCCUUCAAUGCCCUCUCGGCCCCAUCUCCCCUCUCUUUGCUCUCUGCCUUGUCCUAUCCCCCCUCUCUGUCCCGUCCAAUCGUUCCUCUAACGCCAUACUUGCCCUAUCAAUCAUCUGUGUACCUGUUCUCCUCACUGUGUUCUCUCCUCUCCCUGCCCUUUCAUCUAUGUCUGCCACUCUCUUCCCCCAGGGAGGGGAUGGGGAGGCGGUUGGAGUGCUGAAGGGCCAUAAUGUGGUAGUUUGA